AUGGACAAGUUCCCAAGCGACGGCCAAGGCCACGGUCGCACCCACGCCCGUGCCAUUCGACCACAGAAUCUACCUUCCCACAAGCAAAGGAGAGUUCACGGCACAAUGAAGAGCAACGCCUUCACCCUGCUCACCACAGCUCUGAUGGCGUGGCCUGGCCAAUGUGAAGCCGCGAGGAGCGUUCCGGGUUGGCCCGUCUGCGACUGGAUUGCGACCCCACGUUUGAAGCUGGACAAGAGCACAAAGCAAUGCGACACACUUUGCUCCAGGACGGGGCAAAACGAUGGCGGCACUUGCGUCAACUUGAAGGUCUAUCGGGUGGACAAUAUUAUUCGACGAAUCGCGGGCGACUGCCAAUGCUACAACGGCACGCGUCUUCACCGUUAUUACAUAGACUGGAGCAAGGCGCAAUACAUGGACGUGACGACGAACGGUGGGGAGCAACGGUAG